AUGGCUGAUAAGAGUAAGGAAGACGACGUUUUCGAAUUCUUGGAAUCGUUACCAGAGGCUAAGGGAGGUGCUGAUAGUAAAGGUGAUAAGAAGGAGAAGACUGAAGAGAAGAAAAGCGGUGGUAAACAGGGGAAUGAAGACAUUAUGGACUUUUUAGAUGAAUUGGAAAAGAGUAACUUGAGCGUCCCCAAGAAGGAAGAGGCUCAAGAAAAGAAGAAAGAGGAAAUAUCAAAGAUGAAACCAUCAAAGGAGGAACCAUCAAAGGAAGAACCACCAAAGGAGGAACCACCAAAGGAAGAGGCACCAAAGCAGGAACUACCAAAGCAGGAACCACUAAAGGAAGAGGCACCAAAACAGGAACCACCAAAGAAGGAGCAGCCAAAGGAGGUGCCACCAAAGGAAUCUAAAGGGUUUCAUAGAGAAGGCACACCAGUCGAAUCUAGAGAAGACACACCGUUGAAUGAUCCAAUUACUUCCUUUUCAAAUUGGUGGUCUUCAUCAGGAUCAGCAACUGUUUCCAACUUUUGGUCCAAGACAACAGAACAAGCCUCACAAAUUAAGACUCGUUUAGCACAAGAACAAUUAGAUUUGACUUCAAGGCUCAAUACAAAUACAAUUACAGACUUAGCAAGAAAUUUGCAAAAAAUUGUGGUCGGAGAAACUGAAGAAGUGUUGAGAAUUCAUUUAGUUCAUGAUUUGGUGAAUUUCUCAUUUUUACAAACUAUUGUAGACCAAAAAUUCGAUGAAGUCUUUAGUUCUCAAGUACAGGGGGGCAUUAGAGUAUUUUCAGAUCAAUGGGGUCAUCCUCAUAGAACGGAAGAUGAGAUGAACUUUCAUUUUACCAGCCAGCAACCAAAGUUAAACAUUUUUACAGGUAAGAUAACAGAUGGUGAGAAAUUAGCAUUUGCAAAUUUAGAAAACUCAAUCAAGCUUUUCCAAAAAGCUCAUGAAGAGUUUAUGAGGCAAAAGGAGGCUCACUCAACUGCAACCAAUGAAAGACAAGAGCAGGAACAAGAUGGAGAAGACGCAGACGAUGACGAAAAAGAUGAUCAAGAGGAUCGUAUCAGUGAUAUCUUUAUUUCAAUCUUACCAAUAGCUAUCCCCACGAAGCAAGAAGACGAAAAUGAAAUUGUUACUACAGAUCCUCAUCAGCCAGGAAAUUUUAGUUUUACCGUUGUGCUAAAGGACAUUACCAACGAUGUUUCCACAAUCACUAGGUCUCAAAGCUUCCCUCUAAAAUGGGUAAGCUGGCUAGAAGGUGAUUCCGAGUGGAAGACAAAGGGUAAAAAGGAACAAGAGGGAAAGGAACAAGAGGGAAAGCAACAACAGCAACAGCAACAGCAACAACAAGAAGAUGACGAGGAUGAAGAUGUUGACCCAAGCGAUUGGGUUAGAGAUUGGGUUGAAGAUGGAUUAAACGUCGCUUUCGGCGUGGUAGCUCAAAAUUACGUUAUCAAGAGAAUGGGAUUUUAA